CUUUCCCAGCAGCCUCAUUCCCCGGUGCCCCGAACGGGGCCUUUUCUACUUCAGGCAUCCUCCGUGAAGCUUCCGAGCCGAGAGGACUCGUCCUGCUCCCGCCUUCCCAGCGCUCUUCCGAGGAGGGGGUCGGACGGCAGGAUCGCCAGGAUGACUGAGGCUGAAGUGAACCCCAAAGCUUACCCACUGGCAGAUGCCCAGCUCACCAAAAAGCUUCUGGACCUGGUACAGCAGUCCUGUAAUUACAAGCAGCUCCGGAAGGGCGCCAAUGAAGCCACCAAGACACUCAACAGAGGCAUCUCCGAGUUCAUCGUGAUGGCCGCCGAUGCCGAGCCCUUGGAGAUCAUCCUUCAUCUCCCGCUGUUGUGUGAAGACAAGAACGUCCCCUACGUGUUCGUGCGCUCCAAGCAGGCACUGGGGCGGGCUUGUGGCGUGUCCAGGCCGGUCAUCGCCUGCUCCGUCACCAUCAAAGAAGGUUCCCAGCUGAAGCCUCAGAUUCAGUCCGUCCAGCAGUCGAUCGAGAGACUCUUAGUCUAAGCCGACACCUGUGGCUCAGGUGUGUUUGUAGCGCUCCCCCGGGGAUCUGACUGGGAGGGCCAUUUAUGUGCAUCGUGGUGAAAGGAUGGGGGGGAGGGGGGCAGAGACUGUGCUCAGGUGACUUUCAAUGUUAAAAAAAUUUUUAUUGCUGUUAUAA